AGGUUAUCAAGGAUAGAGAAACAAGCCAAAGUUGACUUAAUGGUGAUUAAACUGAUUUAAUCAGAUAUCACUACAUAUCAAGACGUGUCUUUAUAAAUUCACAUACAUGUCAUCAAGAACAUAAUAUAAAUUCAUGUUCUGAAAACAUCAUGUGAUCCGGAAAAUAAAUGCUAUUGUUUUAUACUAUAGUUUCUGUCGUAUUCGUUAAUUCUUUCUCAUUUUUUGCGAUUGAUUUCCUGGAAUAUGAAAUAUAUUUCGCGAUUUUGAUGAAAUGUUUGUGCGGUGACAGAGCUACAUGUAUAUACAAAAAGUGCAGUACACUUCAGCAUUGAGGGAAUAAAUGGUAUCCGGAAAGACAGAUUGUAAGGAUCAGCAAUGUCAGAAAUCAGAUACAGUAAAGAUGCUGAAGCAGUUUCACUGAUCAAUGCAGACGGACAGCCAAAGAAGACGGCAACUGGUUUGAAUGUGUUAACAACUUGUGUGUUUAUAGUUGGUGUCAUUGCUGGCUCAGGGUUUUUGACCUUACCGAAGGCCAUUGACGAUUCCGGAUGGAUUGGUUUUGUAUUGAUAUUGUUUUGUUGCUUCGUUUCUGCCUACACCGGUGACAUUCUUGGGAAGUGUUGGAUCAUGGUACGUGGCAGACAUCCUGAAUUCAAGAAAGGUCAACUCAGAUAUCCGUAUCCUGCCAUUGGAGAAGAAGCUUUUGGAAAAUGGGGCAGAUCAGUAGUCUCAUUUUCAAUCAAUUUUACUCAGUUUGGCACCACUGUAGUCUAUAUUCUUCUGUCCGCUGAAAACAUUGUUAAACUCCUACCGUCGGAUACCGUCUUUACGUGCUGCUACAUCGCCCUUAUAGUUGGUGGAGCAAUGACUCCAUUUACGUGGCUUGGAACUCCAAAAGACUUUUGGGGAAUUGCAGCAGCAGCUACAUUGGCUACCUCUGCAGCAAGCAUAAUUUUGUUUGUUUCUGUAUUAUAUAACGGGAGGGACGUUGACAUCAGUGAAGUUGUUCACACAAAAAUUGACGUCAUUUCUUUCUUCACAGCAUACGGAACUAUUUGCUUUGCAUUCAAUGGCCAUCCAGCGUUCCCUACCUUUCAAUCGGACAUGGCAAAUCCGAAGAAAUUCGGGAGUGCUCUCAUUUUAGGAUAUUCAAUUGUGCUUUUUAUGUACAUGCCAUCUUCGGCGGCCGCUUACGCUGUAUAUGGAAAACAGGUUCAAUCAAAUGUAAUAAAUACUAUUCCUAGUGGUGUUACAAGUACAAUAGUAUCCUUACUAAUGACCGCUCAUCUGCUGUUUGGUAUCGUCAUUGUCGUAAACCCUGUCUCUCAGGAGAUCGAGCAUUUCUUCAACAUUCCUGAACAUUUUACCUGGAAGCGGGUUUUAGCUCGUACAUUGACAAUGAUUGCAGCUUUAUUCGUUGUAGCAUCAGUACCUCAUUUUUCCUCCAUACUAUCUCUGGUAGGAGGCUCAACAAUCUCAAUCCUGGCAUUUAUCUGUCCAUGUUUGUUCUACCUCAAACUCUGCAAGGGAGACAAGCAUCAUAAAGCCGUAUAUAUACCUCUCCACACCAAGGUCCUAAUGUAUGAGAUCACAUUUACUGGUUUGGUAGCUGGAAUAGCGGCUACUUAUUCUGCAAUUACGGAUCUAGCUGUCAACAAGUUCACAGUUCCAUGUUACGUUGAUCCAAGUCGUGCUUGUUCACAUCAAUCUGCCGGAUGAUUCGGAUAUAUAUAUCGGGUUUUGAUAGUUCAGAGCUGCAAAGAGCGAGCUGCUUUCUACUAGACAUUUUGAUUAAAUUGUACCAGUAGCUGUAUUUAUGUAUUAUGUUUGACGGCUACAGUUGCGUCUUGUCUAUUAGUCCUUUUGAAAUAUUUUUCAUAAAUUCUUUAUAGUUUAAGUUGAGGACAAAUCCUUUUUAGAGAAUUUUCAAAAACCUCAUUAAUUAAGAAGCUAUAUUUAGGAAAUUCUAAAUAGUUAUUUACUAAGAACUUUAACGAGUUUAGACACCGUAAUGAAUAGUGUUUAAUUUCUAUGAAGCGAAGAUGACUUUCAAAUUAAAAUAAAUUCUUCUGACGACAUUCAACAUAAAUUUCAACAUCAAGCAUUGGUAAAACAUGUCACGGUAGAAACGCUUAAUCUUUAUGAAUAUGUGCUCUUGUAGAAUUAUUAUGUUUUUAAUCGUG